AUGAUAGAGAACCACACCGUGUGCCGCAUCCUGGUAGACAAUGGGAGCUCGGUGGACCUCCUAUACUCCGACUGCUUGGAGAAAAUGGGGAUCCAAAAGGAACAGUUGGAAAAGACCUCCAUGCCACUAUAUGGUUUCACCGGGGACUUCGUCAUCCCCCAGGGGACCAUCCGGUUGCCUAUAACCGCCGGAGAGAAAUCCCGACAGGCUACCACAAUGGCCAACUUUGUGGUCAAGUUUCCUACCCCAAUUGGUGUGGGCAAGAUAAAGAGCAACCAGUACAAAGCUAGGGUUGCAUACUCUCAUGCCCUGCGCGGAUAUGACCAGCUAGGAAGACAGGAGACUAGGGUGGUUUAUCAGAACCCCGUCGAGGACAUAAACCCCAGGGUUCAAGAGGAGGUCACAUGGUCUCAACCCAUCGAGCAAUUGAUGGAAAUUCAAGUUGAUGAAGGUGAGUCCAUAAAAGUACUGAAAAUAGGCUCAGACUUAGCCCCAUCACUUAAAAUUGAGAUCGAGGGCUUCCUCAGGAAAAACUUAGAUGUCUUCACUUGGAAUCACGCCGACAUGGAAGGGAUCGACGCCGACGUUUUAUGUCACUCCCUAAACGUCGACCCCUCAUAUCCUCCCAAAUGCCAGAAGUGUCGACCAAUGAACCCCGAGAGAUAUGAAGCAUUGAGAGAAGAGGUCAACAAUCUAAUCAACAAUGGCUUCAUCAGGGAGGCCCGUUACCCACGUUGGGUAUCGAACCCUGUUAUAGUGAUCAAGCCCAACAGGGACUGGAGAACAUGCGUCGACUUCAGUGAUCUCAACAAAGCUUGCCCAAAGGACAUCUUUCCACUCCCACGGAUAGACCAAAUGGUUGACGCCACGGCAGGACAUGAGAUGCUGAGUUUUAUGGACGCCUACUCCGGAUACAACCAAAUCCUCAUGCACCCAGCCGACGAGGAUCACACGUCCUUCAUAACUGAUAGGGGCCUCUACUGCUACAAGGUGAUGCCUUUCGGACUAAAAAAUACAGGGGCUACCUACCAGAGGCUCGUAAAUAAAAUGUUCGCUCAACAGCUCAGCAGGACAAUGGAGGUCUACGUCGACGAUAUGCUUGUGAAAAGCGUCAGGGCCAGCUAG